CUUUGCUGUCCUCGAUAGACAGACGAAGGCAUCUCUCUUCUCGCUGUGUCUUCGGCAAGAGGGAGUGUUAUACCCACACAUACAAGUCUUGAGAAGGAACCCUAAGCCAAUAUCUUUUUACCUCGAUCGCCAUGGAUGAAGAUUAUGACGUCAUAGUGUUGGGUACGGGUCUCAAGGAAUGCAUCCUUAGCGGUCUUCUCUCCGUCGAUGGCCUUAAGGUACUGCACAUGGAUAGGAAUGACUAUUAUGGAGGAGAGUCAACAUCGCUUAAUCUUAUUCAGCUCUGGAAGAGGUUCAGGGGAGAUGAGACUCCUCCGGCACAUUUGGGCUCUAGCAGGGAUUAUAACGUAGACAUGAUUCCUAAGUUUAUGAUGGCAAAUGGCACUCUUGUUCGUGUCCUCAUUCAUACAGAUGUUACUAAGUAUUUGUCCUUUAAAGCUGUUGAUGGAAGCUUCGUCUACAAUAAAGGAAAGAUUCACAAGGUUCCAGCGACUGACAUGGAGGCACUCAAAUCUCCACUGAUGGGUAUAUUUGAAAAGCGCCGUGCUCGUAAGUUCUUCAUUUAUGUUCAAGAUUAUAAUGAGCAUGAUCCCAAAACACAUGAGGGGAUGGACCUGACUAGAGUGUCGACUAGAGAUCUAAUUGCAAAGUAUGGUCUUGAUGACAACACUGUGGACUUUAUUGGUCAUGCUUUAGCACUACAUAGAGAUGAUCGCUACCUCAAUGAACCCGCACUAGAUACUGUGAAGAGAAUGAAGCUUUAUGCAGAGUCCCUUGCGCGUUUUCAAGGAGGAUCCCCAUACAUAUAUCCUUUGUAUGGAUUGGGAGAGCUCCCUCAGGCAUUUGCACGGCUUAGUGCCGUUUAUGGUGGGACAUAUAUGUUGAACAAACCCGAGUGUAAGGUUGAGUUCGAUGAGGAAGGCAAAGUUGUUGGCGUCACAUCAGAAGGGGAAACUGCUAAGUGCAGAAAAGUUGUCUGUGAUCCCUCAUACUUGCAGAACAAGGUUAGGAAGGUCGGUAGGGUUGCAAGGGCAAUUGCCAUAAUGAGCCACCCCAUCCCAAACACCAAUGAUUCUCAUUCAGUGCAGGUUAUCCUGCCACAGAAGCAGUUGGGUCGCAGAUCAGACAUGUACCUUUUCUGUUGUUCUUAUUCCCACAAUGUUGCUCCAAAGGGAAAAUUUAUUGCAUUUGUAUCAACAGAGGCAGAGACCGAUCAUCCUGAGACUGAACUUAAGCCAGGAAUUGACCUUCUGGGACAGGUUGAUGACAUAUUCUUUGAUAUCUACGACAGAUACGAACCAGUCAAUGAACCAUCCCUAGACAAUUGCUUUAUUUCAACUAGUUAUGAUCCAACAACACACUUUGAGUCAACUGUCGUGGAUGUACUCAACAUGUAUACCAUGAUAACUGGGAAGGUUCUUGACCUCAGUGUGGAUUUAAGUGCUGCUAGUGCUGCAGAAGAAUGAGGAUUGAAUAACACUUCUUUUGGUGCUUGAGCUGAUUAUUCUGCCUUUGUUUCAAGUUCUUCAGGAGUGGUUGAAGUGGCCAGUAACGAAAGUGGCAUUGUGCCUCGUCAGUCUUUUUUUUACCCCGUCACAGAUUAUAUGCUAUGUGAUCAAAUGUAUUUUCACACGCACUUGGAAUUUGGUGUGCAGAUUUAAGACAUGCACUUAUGGUGGCAGCUUUGAAUUGGAACUUAUUUAGAAUUGCAUGCCAUGGCGUUUUUACCA